AUGGCGCCGCUGGGUCGGCACCUGGCGCCCGGAGGGGACGCCCCUCCCCCCCUCUGGGGGUCUGGGUGUGAGUCUGGCGCGGGGCCCGGGGCCCCGAUCCGCGUGCCCGCCCACCGGCCCCUGCCCGCCCCGCCCGGGCCCUGGAUGGACGCCCCCCGACGCCUCGCCAAGGACCGCCUCGCAGGUGACCAGCCUCCUCACCGCGCCAAGUGCCCCGCCCCUCCACGUCACCCCCGCCACGUGACCCGUCUGCUCACAUCGUCACGUGACCCACUCCUCUCACGCCGCCACGUGCCCCGCCCGUCCACCUCACCCCUGCCACCGGCGCUGACGCCGUUCCCCGGGGCUCGGCGCGUGGGCCACCCGUAUCAGAACCGGACGCCGCCGAAGCGGAAGCGGCCGCGCACCUCCUUCUCGCGCGCCCAGGUCCUGGAGCUGGAGCGCCGCUUCCUGCGCCAGAAGUACCUCGCCUCGGCCGAGAGGGCGGCGCUCGCCAAGGCGCUGCGCAUGAGCGAUGCCCAGGUCAAGACCUGGUUCCAGAAUCGGCGCACCAAGUGGCGGCGUCAGACGGCGGAGGAGAGGGAGGCGGAGCGGCACCGGGCCGGCCGGCUGCUGGUCCAGCUCGGGCAGGACGCCCUGGCCCGGCCUCUGCCCCUGGCCCGGCCCCGGCCCCCGCUGGCCCCGGACCCGCUCUGCCUGCGCAACUCGUCGCUCUGCGCCCUGCAGCGCCUGCAGCCCUGGGCCGAGGACCACAAAGUCGCCUCCGUGUCCGGCCUGGCCUCGCUCGUCUGACCCCCCCGCCCCCCGGUCCGGGACGCCCGGCGGAGCCCCGGGGCCCGGCGACGGAUUGCGGAAUAAAGUGACGGAGGAGCCGUGGGUCCGUGUGGAGCGCCGGUUCUGUGCGGCCCGCCGCGACGCCCCGGCUAAACUCG